GCAUUUCCGCUGGAGUACAUGUGAGCAUCAUGUCGCAAAGUCCUGCGCAGAAGAAGAGGAUGUUGUCGAAAGAGGGCGACGACAAAGUCGAUUGGAAGAAAUUGCAAGCGAAACGGAAGGAGGAGAAAAGGAAGCGCAAGGAUGCCAAGGUCCUAAAACAGUUGGAAAAGCAAAGGAAGAAGGAGGAGGAGACGAAAGAGCAGCUGCGUCAGGAGUCGGAGCGGAAGGAAAAAGGUCGGCCAUACACCGUGAGCAUCGCCUUGCCGGGCUCUGUAAUGGAUAACGCCCAGUCUCCUGAACUGCGGACGUACCUUGCAGGACAGAUAGCGAGGGCAUCUGCUGUCUUUAGUGUAGAUGAGGUUGUCAUAUUUGACGAACAGGGAGAAGAGUCCAAGACUGUUGAGGGAGAAUUUAAAGGUGUUGGAAAGAAGGGACAAGCUUGUGUACAGCUUGCUCGAAUUCUGCAAUAUUUGGAAUGUCCACAGUAUCUGCGGAAGUCAUUUUUUCCAAAGCAUCAAGAUUUACAGUUUGCUGGAUUGCUAAAUCCUUUGGACAGUCCACAUCACAUGAGGGUGGAUGAGGAAACAGAAUUCAGGGAAGGUGUGGUUCUAGACAGGCCAAGCAAGCCAGGGAAAGGUUCUUUUGUCAACUGUGGCAUGAGAAAGGAGGUGCAGAUUGACAAGCUGUUACAGGCCGGUUUGAGAGUCACUGUUCGUCUAAGAAAGACUCAGAAGACAGACAGCAGGUUCUAUAAAGGGGUUGUUGUGGCCCCACAUGUACCUCGGACUGAAGGCGGACUGUACUGGGGCUACAGUGUACGCCUAGCAUCCUGUCUUAGUAACGUAUUUGCCGAGUGUCCCCACAAAGAGGGCUAUGAUCUGACAAUUGGAACAUCGGAGAGGGGUAGCAAUAUUGAUCUUGUGACCCUCUCACCCUUCAAACGCUUGCUGAUAGUAUUUGGAGGUUUGCAGGGCCUAGAGGCUAGUGUGGAUUUUGACCAGAACUUGGACAUCACUGACCCAAGUGUCUUAUUUGACCAUUAUAUUAAUACCUGCCCCAACCAGGGUAGUAGGACCAUUCGCACUGAGGAGGCAAUUAUGAUUUCUCUUGCGGGAUUAAGGCCAAAAAUUUCUGCAGCAUUCUCAAGUAUGAAAGUUGAAUGAUUCAGGAACACAUUUAUUUUCUGUUUAACAGAAAAUUUCUGUAAGGAGCACAAUAAGACAUUCCUUCAUUGUUUGUCUUUUAAAUGUUUCUGGUAUCCAGCCUAUCAAGGGAUUUAUAUUUGGAUCAUUUUUGUGAAAGAUGUGAGAUGAGUACUUUAACAGUCUGGUUAGGUCUUCAUUUCUUGCGUACUUUUAAACAUGUAGGUGACAUGCAAAAAUGCGGAUUUGUGUACCUCUUUAAGAAAAAUAUUUGUUAUAAAAUGUACAUAUUCACAAAAUAAAACCU